CCCGGCCGCGGCGGAGACGACUGCUGGCGAGGAGCCGCCGGAGUCGAUGACUGGUGCGGAGGCGGCGUCGCUGCCGCCGAAGACCUCGAAGCCCGAGGUGCUGACGUCGCCCGAUCGAGGAUCCCGGCCGCAGCUGCAGACCACGCCGGAGAGGCAGGCGGCAGCCCCUGCGGCGGUGCAGAUCGGUCAGGAGCGGAGGCAGCCCUCCUCAGAGCGCAGCCAGACGCCCGAGAAGGCCGAGACCGGACCGUCCGGUCCUGCCGGCCCCGAGGCGCAGCUCGUCACCUCCGCCGCGGUGUCGACGCCUGGUGCGGCGGCUCUCGAGGCGUCUCCAGAGGGUAGCGGCGGUCACCGGCCGGCUCCUCCAGGUCCGGGGCCGAAGCCGGCCGAGACCGGCGGCGAACCGUCCGCUCCAGAGCCGCAGCCGGCGGAUGGCCGGCCGUCGGCACACGAGCCAGCACAUGCGGAGACGGCAGCCGACACGCCAGGGCCGGAGGCGAAGCCUGCGGCGGGUGAGGCGCCGUCACCAGGGCGCGCCAGCGAGCAGACCACGCCCACUGCUAAAGCCGCGCCGUCCGACAUGAAGAAGAAGCGGGAGCGGCGGCGCAGCAUCAUACAGGCGAUCUCUGACCUGUUCCGACCGGCUGACAAGAAGGAGCCGACCGCCAGUCCGCCGGAGCCGGAGCGAGCCGUGACCUCGGCCAGCCCGCCGGCGCCGGUCGUCCGAGCCACGCCGCUCAGGGAUCGGCUCGGCAUGCGCUUCAGGAGGGGCAAGGACAAGAAGCUGUCGGGCUCGCCGUCCGCCUCACCGGCCGCCGCCGACUCUUCUGCGGUCGUCGUCCCGCCGACCCCGGUCAGGAGUGCAGGUAACGGACCCGCCGCUGCCGACGGAGCGCCCGGCGGCGGCGUCUGCGGCGUGGAGCGCGCUCGCCCAGUGGUGACGGCGCUGGGGAGAGAAUCAUGCGGCUGA